CUCAUCUGCACUCUCAGCACCAGUACUUCAACCGGGAACGAUAGCGUAAUGGACGACUAUGUCCUAGCUACAGUCAACAUUCUAGCCACAUGCGAGUUCUAUGAUGAGAUAUCUCAGAUUGGUACUGGCUAGAGUCAUCACAUCGAUGGCAGCCGACAGCUUCUGGAAGCUCGAGGUCCGGACUCUGUGCGGAGUUAUUUGUCUCUAAUGCUGUUCAGUAACAUGAAGCACGGAGCUCUGAGCCACGCGUACUUGACAAGAAAAGGCACGUUUCUAGGGAGAAGAGAGUGGCGAGCGGUAGCCAAACGUGUUCCAUUCUCCGAAAAGGACGAGAGCUCGAGAUUCUACGAUCUUGCACUCCAAGUCCCAGCCCUCCUCGAACGCCAUGAUCAGCUAGACGAGAAAGGCGACAGCGUCACAGUUGGAGAAUUGGACCAACUCCUCCUCGAUGUACGGAACAUCGAAGCAGGUCUGAGGACCUGGUGGAGAGACUUCAACUCCAGCUUGGGUAACUUCCAACCCUAUUGGCUCGUCUCAAUCGACGAAUUUGAUGCGUUCAAAAACUUGGUGAAAGACGAAGCGAGAACUGUCGACAAAGCCUGGAUGUUCCCCAACUUCAUGUUCGCUUAUCUGAUAUCUUGUUACUGGGAUACGAUGCAUUUGCUCCGAACCUGUGUCAAAAACCUCCACCUACGCCGCUACGAAAGCUCGGCUAAAUCACAUGACGAUGAGGCUUCAUGGUCAAUGGGCGCUUCUGAAGUGGCUUGGGAGGUCAGAGACUCUGUUUUCGUCAAGGGUAUGAGACCGCCGUCUGCCAAGGAGAGGCAGCCAAGGGGAAGUCAAAAACUGUUCGUUGUGACGAGGCGACCUGGUUCGGCAUUGGUCGGUGCAAGUGGUUGAACGGAAGCAGACUCUGUCAACACAGAACUUGCGGAGUGCAAAAUCGUCGCUAGUGGUCUGAUCAUACGGCACUUUUGCAAUGGAAGAUAGGUCGUCGAUGAUUGUCACAGAAAUGAUGAAAGCAGGUUGACUGGAUCAAGAGAAGCAUCGGCUGGGAUGAGGGAUCGAUGCCGCUUCUUUUCUCUCGAUAAUGUACAGAUCGACCAGAAUCUGAAUAUAGCCGAGCUCCUUGGCAUUCAAAUGUUGCAAUAGAUUCUUGAUCAAGACAGCCUCAUCUGGCUUCCAGGAACGUACAAGAUGAUAUUCUUUG